ACAAAUCCUCUUAUACCAACCCUCAAGUAUACAAAAAUGCACGCAGCCAUCCUGAAGGCGACGCUCCUGGCGGUGCUGCUGGGCUUGAGUGCCGCUCGGCCCGACAAAGCCCCCGUGGGCGCGGCCGGAGCGCCAGUGGGAGCGGCGGGAGCCACGCCGAACCAGAGGUUCCUUCCAGGAUUCGAACACCUCCUCUUGAAGCCCCUCUUCGGCCUCUUCGGCGGAGGACUCGGCGGAAACUACGGAGGCUACGGUGGAGGCUACGGAGGAGGCUACGGAGGAGGCUUCGGAGGUCUCGGAGGCCUCGGAGGCCUUGGUGGAACCUACGGAGGAGGACACUACGGGGGCUAUCCAUCUGGAUCCUAUGGCGGGUACCCUGGCAGCUUUGGCUACACCGGGGGCUACUCUCCCUACUAUGGCUGAGCGACAAAAGGGAGAUGACGAGGAAGUCUGAGAGAUAUAUAUAUUUAUAUAUAUUUUGCAAUGCGGUGAUUACUAAUAAUAUUGAUAAUUUAUAACCGAGUGUAAAAGAGUUCAUAUGAGAGUGUGUGUUGGAACAAAAGAGGCACCAAACGGUCUCUUGAAGUCCAUGCGUAUGAUUGUCAAGAAAUAUAUUUAUAUGAACAUGUCA